UGUCGAGCGGUCCGACUGCUUUCAUGCCCGUGGUGGUGGUGGUCGUCGUGCGAGACGACAAUAAAACAUUUCGUACAUUUUACGCGUAUUUCUGCGUUGAAUGCUGGCCGACGGGCAUAAGGUGAUGGAAAGUGCUGCUGCAUGGUGUAGUCAUGUAGUGUACAGUAUUGAUGCUAUGCCGCUGCAUUAUUAUUCCACUACAGUGUUGUGAGUUAGUGCGACUGCUGAUGCUCAAGUGUGUGUGCGAGUUUGUGUGGUGUGUGUGUGUGUGUGUUCGGGGGGGGUCUGAUGAUGAGUCCUCUGCUUCCUCUGGCUUCCGAUGCUAGGAGCUGAUGCAAGUGCAACAAUUUUCAAGACAGCAGCAUCAAUCCCCAUUUUCAUCUUCACGUCCACCUCUUUUUCUUUUCUUUGCUUCCGUUUCAUGCCUGUUGUUGGUCCUGCUCCAUUCAUUACUGAUUGAUACAUCUUCAUUGUCCAUCCCGUCAAAACCCUUGUGCUGGCCCUGCAUCCCCUGAUUUUCUGAUGGCGGCGGCGGAGGCAGCAGCAGCAGCAGCAACAGGAGCAAGCACGAUGAAGGGAGGAUGAGCCCGGAUGAGCCUCACGUGUGCCGGCUGCUGGUGAUGGUGCUGGUGCUGAUGCUGGUGCUGCUCUUGACCCGACACGUGUCUGAUGCCGGUUAUGCUGUGCUGGACGAGCAUCAGCAGGCCACCGGGCCCGGCUCGGCUUCUUUCCGUCAUCGCGGCGUCGUCGAUGGUGGUGGUGGUGGUGGUGGUGCUGCAGCAGGUCAGCGCCUCAGGUUGGACGUCGACCAGCAUCCGCCGGCGGGAUCCAGCAGCAGACACAACGAUGACGACGACUCAUCUGCUGAUGAUGGCGGCGAUGGUGGUGGUGGUGAAAUUUCUCGUGGACUGGCAACAAUCUUCUGCAGCCGACCAGCGCCAUUCCACGGCGGACCAUCACGGUGCGUCGCCGCCCACGCCCUCCGCGUCUACUUUGACUGCUCGGGCGGCUGGGGCCAGGAGAAGCAGGACGAGUUGACCCUGGUGGACCCCAUGACCGGGAUCCGGGAAGUCGAGAGCAGCCUCGAGGUCACGCGCGCGGCCGUCGACCAGUUCUACGGCGGCGAGUUCGCGUGUCGCUGCGCAGCCUGGUCCAGUCAGCGCGGCGAGGUCCUGUCGCGCAAGGCAGUCGUCACCAACGCC